AUGGCUGAACAGACCGAAACCCCUCCUGCUGGCUACAACUUUGUCAGCUAUGGUACGGAGCAGCAUCCCAUUGCCGGUCUCCCCCGUGUCGUGCGUCACAUCACAGGCCAUGAUUCGGAGGGUCGCUCCGUGUUCUUGUCCACUGAUAUCGGUGACCACCACCGCACAUUGGGCGAGAAGCAAGCGAUUGCCAACAUUAUUUACUCGACCAAGGAGACCCCUGUCGAGCUUAACGGUGACCACGAUAUUGAGUUUGCCAGGAGCACUGAGCCCGGUAUUCACGUCAAAAACGGCUCAGUGGCACGCCUAAUCGACUUUGCUCCGGGCGUGGAGUCCCCGCUGCACCGCGCUGUCAGUCUCGACUACGGCGUUGUCAUUGAGGGUGUUUUCAAGAUGGUCCUGGACUCGGGCGAGGAGCGCAUCAUGCGUCCUGGCGACAUCAGCGUUCAACGGGCCACUGCUCACAAGUGGAUCAACAUCACCGGCAAUGGUACUCUCCCGGGUCGUAUGCUUUUUGUUCUGCUCGACUGCAACGAUGUGUAUGUGAAUGGCAAGAAGAUGGAGGGUUACCUGGGCUCCCUCGCCAAGGACUAUGAAGGACGUGGUGGUUAG